GCCAAUCACAUUCGGCGGGAAACCAGCCAACCGGUCCGCACUGCCUGUGUAUAAACAGUUGGCAGAAACGAAAUCGGAAAACAGAAGUUUUGGUCGAAAUGGCAGCGUAAAAACCCAUUAAGUCCAUUUCCAUUAUUGCACGGCCGACUCGGAACACAUAUACGCCUGCAGAAACGUAGCAGAUAGCGGAAAAGUGGCAAAACACCCGGAACAUAUUGAUACAUAUGGACGUAGACUUCAAGAUAAGGCAAGAAGUACUACCGAUAAUAUAGAAUGGUGGCCGCCAAGUACGAGCGCCUGAGCUCCAGUGGCGGUGAGGCGGCGGCGGCGGCGGCGGCGGGUGGAAACGGAAAUGCCAGCGAUGCGGAAGACGAGGAGAUCGAGCUCCAUUUGGCCCAGAAAACGCAGCUGAACAAUGGCCAUCGCUUGCGUCAGAGCAACUUCAAGUACGCCAGCGGAAAGUCCGGUUCUCUGGAGUCCCGUGGUGCUGCGGAGACGGCCACGUUGGCCCAGGAGGAGAACAUGAUGAUGCAGAUGGCCGUGGGCACGCUGGCCAUCAUCUUUUUGUAUCUAACGCUCUCCAUAUCGCUGACCUUCUACCAAACGGACAUCAACCGGCAGAUGCCCUUUCCCUUGGCCAUCGUCACGUACCAUCUGGUGGUGAAGUUCCUGCUGGCCGCCCUGGCGCGCAGGAUCUACAGGAUGCGUAUGGGCAGGUCGAGGGUGCAGCUGGACUGGCGCGUGGCGCUGCGGAAGAUGGCGCCUACGGGCGUGGCCAGUGCCAUCGACAUUGGGUUCUCCAACUGGGGGCUGGCCCUGGUGCCCAUUUCUCUGUACACCAUGACCAAGUCGUCGACCAUCGUCUUCAUCCUGCUGUUCGCCAUCGCCUUGGGUCUGGAAAAGAAGAGCUGGUAUCUGGUGUCGAUUGUGGGCCUGAUAGGCACGGGCCUGGUGAUGUUCACCUACAAGUCCACGCAGUUCAACGCCCUGGGCUUCUUCUUCAUCCUCUUCGCCUCGCUGAGCAGCGGACUGCGUUGGAGUUUCGCACAGUUCAUCAUGCAGAAAUCCAAGCUGGGACUGCACAACCCCAUAGACAUGAUCUACUACAUGCAGCCGUGGAUGAUUGCCUCGCUGGUGCCCCUGGUUUUUGGUAUAGAAGGUGCUCGCUUUGUUGCGGUUUUAGAAGACCUCCACAACCACACCUCGAAUGAGAUAACCUGGGCCAUUGCCAAGAUCACAGCGGGCGCUCUGCUGGCCUUCCUCAUGGAGUUCAGCGAGUUCCUGGUGCUGUGCAAGACCUCCAGCCUGACCCUGUCGAUAGCCGGCAUCUUCAAGGACAUCUGCCAGUUGGCCCUGGCCGUGACCCUCAAAAAGGACCAGUUGAGUGUGAUCAACUACAUUGGCCUGGUCAUUUGCCUGGCGGGCAUUGUAUGCCACCUGCUGCACAAGUACACCAGCAUGAAGGAGUCGCAGAGGCAGCAGAAGGAAAUGGAAUUCGACAACGACCAGGAGGAGUCGUCGCCGGGCGAGUACAAAUUCAACGAGGGCAGUGCCAUUGUGGGUGUGCACGUGAAAUCGCACUCCAAGCUGACGGUGCCAUUGCUGGAGCAGACCGAUUCGGAGGACGAGUCGGGCCAUGAUGCCAGCAACAAGCAGAACGCCUCCGAUGUGAUCUUCGAUGUACUGAAACGACGCGACAUGCAGCGAUGAAGGCUGAUCCUUGUACAGACGUCCUGUAAAUGUUGUAAAUUCAAACAAUUUUUUUGUUUACACCUCCCGUUCCCCACGAAACUACUUACAACGAUGCUGGGAUAGCAAUGCAGGUCUUGAGUAAGAUAGUUAGUCCGGAAUUUCCCAUUCCUUCGGUCACCGCUUCCCCGUUUUCCCCGAUGCAUUCCGCUUUAUGCAUUUACCAGGUAGGCUAGAUUUAUGAGAUAUAUAUUGCAGUGUGUAUGCUAUCCUGGUAUGGUUAACAAUCCUAAUUGAGUUGGUUCCGAAACCUCAGGGACGAAAAGUAAUCUCUGGACAGUAUUACAAAAGAAGGGCACUUAUUUAAAAAAAAUUGAAAAUUUGUAACCAGUAAGCACUUUGCUUCGCAUUUUUACCAUUUAAUUCACUUAAGAACAGAAAUCAGUACACAUUGUCCACUUUCCAAGGUUGCAUCUUAUUAUAUUGUCCAGAGUUAACUCAAGUCCAAAACACUAUCUCUCGUAUUCCUUUCGUAAAAACUCACUUUUAAGUACUAAAAACUAUGUAAAAAUAAGUAAUAAGAAAGCCUUAAUGACCUUUUAAUUGUUCCUUAAUUGGCAGCUCUUAUUUGACAUUCCAAAUUGACUUGUAAAUUCUUUUAGUUAUAAGAGAUUUUGAAUUUAACCGCUCCCGAAAAUGUCUGAUAAGAUUAAACAAAGGCCAUUGUUUUGUUUACCAAAUUAUAAAUAAUGUCUUUGUUGUUUUUAGUUGAUAGUGCUUCUUUUUUGUUGAGUUUUUGACAUUUUGUAUUCAUAAGUUUAUAAGAUAAUUUCAAAUAUAUAUAUUAAAUACAUAUAUAUUAAAGCAGAUUAAUACGAUUUCGA